AUGGCGCUGAACGCGGCUUUCCGUCUCUUAACACAUUUAACAACCUCAGUGCGACGUUACGUCUUAACGGCUGCCCUGCUGCAGAAAUACUCCCACAUCCGCAAGACGCGGCCGGACGGAAACUGCUUCUAUCGGGCCUUCGGCUUCGCGCACCUGGAGGCGCUGCUGGAGGACGGGCAGGAGCUGCAGAGGUGGUUCAUGGAGCUGAUCGAGCGCGUGGAGCGGCGGGUGCCGCUGCCGGAGCUGCUGGCGGCGUUCAACGAGCCCAGCACCUCGGAUUACCUGGUGGUUUACCUGCGGCUCCUCACCUCGGGCUGCCUCCAGCGCCACCAGCGCUUCUUCCAGCACUUCCUCGAGGGGGGGCGCAGCAUCAAGGAGUUCUGCCAGCAGGAGGUGGAGCCCAUGUGCAAGGAGAGCGACCACAUCCACAUCAUCGCCCUCGCACGGGCCUUGCACGUCUCCAUCCUGGUGGAAUACAUGGACCGGGGGGAGGGGGGGGCCACCAACCCCCACGUGUUUCCCGAGGGCUCCCAGCCCCGCGUCUGCCUCCUCUACCGCCCCGGGCACUACGACAUCCUCUACAAGUGAGCGCACCAGGGCCUUGCACGAGGGCCUUGCACGAGGGCCCGGCACCAGGGGAUGACACCAGGCCCCCCCUC